UGGUCUCAAUUUCUUGACCCCGUGAUCCACCCGCCUUGGCCUCCCAAAGUGCUAGGAUUACAGGCUUGAGCCACUGCGCCAAGUGCAGUGGUGUUUACAACUAUGUACCUUUUUCUAAGUGAAAUGAUAGUCAACGCCUGACAAGCCUACUCUGCUGACAGCAUUGGCAAUUGACUAACACUCUCUUGAAAGAAAUAUGGGCCCGGCGCAGUGGCUCACGCCUGUAAUCCCAGCACUUUGGGAGGCCGAGGCGGGUGGAUCAUGAGAGAUCGAGACCAUCCUGGUCAACAUGGUGAAACCCCGUCUCUACUAAAGAUACAAAAAAUUAGCUGGGCAUGGUGGCACGUGCCUGUAAUUCCAGCUACUCAGGAGGCUGCGGCAGGAGAAUUGCCUGAACCCAGGAGGCGGAGGUUGUGGUGAGCCAAGAUCGUACCAUUGCACUCCAGCCUGGGUAACAAGAGCGAAACUCCGUCUCAAAAAAAAAAAAAAAAGAAAUAUGAAAAAAUGUAGUAAAAAAGAUCCUUCUCCUAGGGAUUAAUGCUUUAAAUUAGUUGAGGCAAAAGGCUAUAUUCUAGAAGAUCUUUGUUGCAACAUUUAUUUUAUAUAUAAAAUAGCAAAAACUUUGAAGAUGGCCAGGUGUGGUGGCUCACACUUGUAAUCCCAACACUUUGGGAGGCCAAGGCGGGUGGAUCACCUGAGGUCAGGAGUUUUCGACCAGCCUGGCCAACAUAGUGAACCCCCAUCUCUACUAAAAUGCAAAACUUAGCCAGUCAUGGUGGUGCAUGCCUGUAAUCCCAGUUACUCUGGAGGCUGAGGUGGGAGGAUUGCUUGAACCCAGGAGGCGGAGGUUGCAGUGAGCCAAGAUCUUGCCGCUGCAGUCCAGCCUGGGCGACAGAGCAAGACUCCAUCUCAAAAAAAAAAAAAAAAAAAAGGCCCAAUAUGGCGGCGCCCAGUGGUGGUAUGAACUGUGAGGAGUUCGCCGAGUUCCAGGAAUUACUCAAGGUGAUGAGGACAAUUGAUGACAAAAUAGUAUAUGAAUUAAACACUACGUUUCCAACAGCUUCCUUUGCAGGGAAAAUUGACGCCAGCCAAACCUGUAAACAUCUUUAUGAGUCUUUGAUGGCAGCUCAUGCCAAUAGAGACAGAGUCAUAAAAAAUUGUAUAGCCCAGACGUCAGAAGUAGUAAAAAAUCUCUGAGAAGAGAGAGAAAAGAAUUUGGAAGAUUUAACGUUAUUAAAGCAAUUUAGAAAAGAGCAGACAAAGUUGAAAUGGAUGCAGUCGGAACGGAAUGUUGAAGAAGUGGUAAAUGACAGGAGCUGGAAGGUGUUUAAUGAAUGCUGCCAAAUUCACUUCAAGCCUCCAAAGAAUGAAUAAAGCGAGAUACUUUUUUUUUUUAAAGACCAGGUCAUCUCAUAAGAGCUAAGCAUGACAAGUAUCAACAGGGUGGGCUUCCUAGGAUGAUUUCUGAGCCAACAGUCCAAGACCUUUUGUUGAUUUCAGCCCCACUUAGCCAAGACCUCAAAUAUAAAUCUGAUAAUUAUGGAGAAAUCAACUGCUAUUUUAUACUGAUUCUGUAAAAAAAAAAAAAAAAAAAAAAGUUUUGCAACUAUUAAAAUAAUUUUCUGACUCAGUUUAAAAAAAAAAAAACCUGAAACCACAUCCAAUAUACCUUACAUACCCAACAAUAGAGGAUGAGGUCAGUAAAUAAGUGCAGGCUUACGGCCACUAGAAAGUGUGACUUUGGAGAUUUUGUUAUGGACAUUUUCCCUAAUAGCAUAAGUGAAAGCAUAUCAAGUGCUAUCCAUUCCAUAGGUACAAUGAUGGAAAAGUCGUUUUGUAUUUUAAGAACUAGAUGAUCAUACAAAAAAUGAAAGUUAUUUUAGAGUGGUGAGAUUACAAGCUUCUUUCUCCAAAAAUGUAUUUUAUAUUGUCACAUCCUUUCUUCUACAAUAAAAAAUAUUAAGACAAAAGUAUCUACAUAACUCAGCAGUAUUUGAGGGGCUGUGUUUCUGUGUUCAUCAGCCUGGGAGCCACAGAGUUACCAUGUGGAUUACACAGGGCUCAACCAGAAGGCACCAUGACCACACUGAGCACUGGAAAGUCUCAGAAGUUACCAACAAAAUUUCAGGGUUUUUUUCAUCUCCUGCUUUUAUCUCCUUAAACCUUCCCUCAAGCUCUGAUGCGCACUACAAACAAAACAAAUAUUACUGGCUGGGCACGGUGGCUCAUGCCUGUAAUCCCAGAACUUUGGGAGACGAGGCGGGCGAAUCAUCUAAAGUCAGUUCAAGAUCAGUCUGGCCAACAUGGUGAAUCCCCAUCUCUACCAAUAAUACAAAAGGCCAGACAUGGUGGCACGCACCUGUAAUCCCAGCUACUCUGGAGGCUGAGGCAGAAUUUCUUGACCUCAGGAGGCAGUGAUUGCAGUGAGCCGAGAUUGUGCCACUGCACUCCAACCCUGGGUGACAAGAGUGAAACUCUACCUCUAGAUAGAUAGAUAGAUAGAUAGAUAGAUAGAUAGAUAGAUAGAUAGAUAUAAUAGAUAGAUAGAUAGAUAGAUAGAUAGAUAGAUAGAUAGAUAGAUAGAUAGAUAGAUGUUAAUGAGACUUCUUUCAUUAACAGCUUUGCAAUGGUGGUAUAUGCUGCCAGUCUCCCUCGAAAGUACUAUGUCUUAGGAAAAUUAGCCUGACUUAGCCAACUCAGGUCAGGAGAUCGACACCAGCCUGUCACAUGAUGAAACCCGUCUCUACUAAAGUUGAUCCUGCACAUGCUCACUAUGGAGGAAACUAAUCAGUUUGUUGAUCCCCAGAAGGCUUAGGAGGUAGAGAUUCAUGUGUUCUAGAAAGGACUGUUCACGUGACGCUAUUAUCUAGGUAUAAAAGACUAUUUCACACAGUCAUAAAAUUGCCAUUUCUUUAUCAACAGGUGUAGGUCAAACCAGACUGUGAUACCUAAAGUCAUCUUCCCAGAAGUCAUGGGUAUAAUGCUAAUCAGACAUAGUAAUCACUUUAUCUGUGACUAUUAAUCAGCAUAGCAGACAGCUGGUUUCAUCCUUUACAGUAGCAGAGUCAAUCAGCCAAGACAAAAGCAGCAGACUGGAUUUUUCUCAAGCAGCUAUCAGAAGAUUCCCAAACACAUCAUAAGAAAAUUUGGCCAGGCGCAGUGGCUCACACCUAUAAUCCCAGCACUUUGAGAGGCCAAGGCAGGCAGAUCACUUGAAGGGCAGGACUUCAAGACCAGCCUGGCCAACAUGACAAAACCCCAUGUCUACUAAAAAUACAAAAAUUAGCCAGACGUGGUGGUGCAUGCCUGUGAUCCCAGCUAUCCAGGAGGCUCAGGCAGGAGAAUUGCCUGAACCCGGGAGGCAGAGGUUGCAUUGAGUCCCGAUUGCACCACUGCACUCCAGACAGGGCGACAGAGCAAGAUGCUGUCUCGAACAGAAAAGAAAAUUUUGUUCUUUCUGUUCUGGAUGUAUGUAGGGGGGAAAUGUGCAUUCAGUUGCAAACAACUGACAAAUAAAUAAGUCUUGGAAAGAUAGUUUUUGGAGCAGGGGUUCCUGGGAGGUUAGAGCUCGGAUCUCUCAUGGCACAUUUAAUGGGCAGGCAUUCAGCAAAUGCUUCAGAGCAGGAGUGGGGUGGGCAGAGAGGAGAAGAGAGGAUGGCCUAAAUCAUGUGAUUGCAUCUUUCUCCCCAAGGUGAGCCAUGUACAGCCAGAAAAAAGGAGGCUCUUCUCACAUGCAGCCUCCAUGUCCACUCACCUCUCUUGGAGUAAAUCUCUCACAGUACUGUGUAAUCCUAGUGUUUAAAUAUAUUUUGUCCCAAUAUUUUAUUAUAAAACUUUUUAUUUUUUAUUUUAUUUUAUUUUAUUUUGAGAGGAGUCUCACUCUGUCACCCAGGCUGGACUGCAAUGGCACAGUCUCAGCUCUCUGCAACCUCCGCCUCCUGGGUUCCAGUGAUUCUCCUGCCUCAGCCUCCCAAGGAGCUGGGAUUACAGCUGCCCACCACCAUGCCUGGCUAAUUUUUGUAUUUUUAGUAGAGACAGGUUUCACCAUGUUGGCCAGGCUGGUCUCAAACUCCUGACCUCGUGAUCUGCCCACCUCGGCUUCCCAAAGUGCUGCAAUUACAGGAGUGAGCCACACGCCUGGACUAUUUUAUUUUUAAGACAAGGUCUGUACCCAAGCUGGGGUACAGUGGUGUGAACACAGCUCACUGCAGCCUUGACCUCAAGUGAUCCUCCUUUCUCAGCCUCCCACGUAACUGGAACCAGGUAUGAAACACAAUACCAAGCUACUUUUUUUAUUUUUUGUAGAAACAAGGUCUCACUUUGUUGCCCAAGCUGGUUUCAAACUCCUGGGCUCAAGCCCAGGAUCCUCCUGUCUCAGCCUCCCGAAGUGCUGGGAUUCGAGGCAUGAGUCACCAUGCCCAGCCUUAUGAAACUUUUCAAACAUACAGAAACACCGACAGAAUUGUGAACACAUACAUCCGCCACCUAGUUUCUAAAAUUGACUUUUUUUACUUUUGCACCAACCUUGAUAUUAUGAUGAUAUUAAAUAAUAAUCCUAAGACAAUACUUAUAUCAACUACUUAAAACUAUGUCAAGAUGGAACACUAUCAAAUGCAUUUUUGCCUCAUGUGCCCACCUGACGCUCCCCAGUAAGAGUCUGGGGUUCUAAGAGAUAAAGGACGUCCACAGUCAGUAUUAGGGAGAUCCUACAACCCUCCCAUCCCCUUUUCUCAUUUUUUUUCUU